AGAAUAGGCAUCAAUUCAAUGCCGCCCCAGGACACCACUGACGAGUGACGACUCUGUUUUACCCGCGCUAUCAAUAAUAACAAAAUCAGGAUCGGCUAAUAACAAACAAUCUAUACCUGACAACGAGAAUACAAACAUUGUAACAGGCGACACCGCUUCAUUUGUAAUUGCGCUUUGGAGUUUUCAGGUGAAGGAGUGAGAGAGUGGGUUUGGUUCUUUCCUUCCCUCCCCAUCCUUGUAAUAUUCGAUUAUACAUCAAGACGUUCAUCUUUUGGAAAAGAGCUCCAACUGUUUGCCGAAAUGCGGAAAAGAUGGUUUCGUUCAUUACAGCUUCCAAUUACUUCGUUUCGUUGCCUCUUUUCGUUGUAAGUCGCCCUCACUUCCCCUCCCUGGUUUUCUUGAUUCAUCCAAGAAGACGGCUAUCUGCUUCUUCUGGUAUUCUCGUCGCUAAGAAGAGCACGCCUUUAGGGACUUCUUGUCCGGCAAGUACGACUUUAUUGAGCCCGGUUCUUUUCUUGCGGAAGACCUCUUCCUCUGGUUCGCUUCGGAUGUGCAAGGGUUGGGAGAGCGAAGGAGACCCAGCUCUGGAGGCUGAGAUUCUGGAUUUCAUGGAGAAAUCUGACAACCCUAACGUUUUCCCCACCAAAAAAGAGUUGAUUGUCGCCGGCAGGAUGGAUUUGGUUCAGGCUAUUGGGAAACAAUGUGGUUGGCUUGCCUUAGGUUGGGAUAUCGAUGAGGAAGAAGACACCCUCCAAGAUGACGAGUUUCGAGAUCCGAAUUCCAUGAUGUCGGAAGAAGUUGACAAUGGUCUAGUUCUUGGCGAUGAUAGACUAUCUCAGCAGAGGUUUGAUAAUAUUAGUGGUGAUGAAAGAAAUUCUCUUGACGGCAUUGAUGUAGAGAGUUCUGAGGUUUCUUCUUCGUUUACUAGCUCUUCUUGCUUGGCUUCAUCAUCUGAUAAACCAAUAGAAAUGGAGGGUGGAGAGGAUCCUGGGAUUGAGGGUAUCUUGAACCGGUUGGAGAAAGAGAGAAGUCUGUGUUUUGGUAUUGAUUCGAGGAAUGAAGGAAGUAGCACCCAUUUGUGGAGAAAGCAAGAUAGAGAUGACUGGAGACCAGAAAACUCAGUAGAUAUGGAGACAGUUGCUGGAUUUGAAGGAUGGAGCAGAUCUUCUCUAAGAUCUGAUAAAUACUUAUUCAAUUAUAAUGAAGAUAUGCACACUGAAAACAGAUCUUUCUCAGAUUUUGAUGGCAUAAGAAGCUCACUUAAGCCAGAUAUGUGGAGAACAUGGAGCACUCAACGUGCAGGAGCUUCAGAUCAUGUAUUUGAAGCUGCUGAAGUUGUUUCUGGUGAAGGUAGAGCAGAAAGAGUGAUAAAAGCUAUGAGCAAUGAGAUGCUCACAAGUGAGAAGGGUGGAAAUGAGAUAAGAAACUUAAUGAAAGAACAGGUUUCUACUGAUAAAGGAAAUGAACACAAUCCAAUACAAUCUCGCCUACUGAACUUGGAGUCAGAACUUGCUUCUGUACUCCACUUGCUGAGGUCAAAUGCAGUUAUCAUGCCUAAGGGCCAUGAAAGCUCAUCAGAGGAGUUACAAAGGCUUUCUGAUGCUUGGGAGUUCCAGGAAACUGAAAUUAUGAAGACCCAAGACAAACUGCGGGCAACACAUGCAAAACUGGUAGUGUUGGAAGGAAAGAUGGCAAUGAAGAUUAUAGAAGCACAAAAGAUGGUAGAAGAGAAACAGAAGAGAAUUGAUGAUGCCCAAAAUGCUUUGCGCCUUCUCAGGACUGCCUGCAUAGUGUGGCCUAAUUCAGCCUCGGAGGUUCUCUUAGCUGGAUCUUUUGAUGGUUGGGCCAGUCAGAGAAAGAUGGAGAAGUCAAGCACUGGAAUAUUUUCAUUGUGCUUAAAGUUGUAUCCAGGUAGAUAUGAGAUCAAGUUUAUUGUGGAUGGGGUGUGGACAGUGGAUCCCCUGCGACCCAUUGUAAAGAACAAUGGCUACGAAAAUAAUCUUCUCAUCAUCACAUAAAAUCAAAUUGAGUACUCGUUGAUGCCCGUGAUAGUGGCUUCCUCGUCAGCUCAUAACGGUAUGCAUCAGAGGUUGUAACCGACGCUAGUUUCAUCAUUGCUUCAAAGUACAGAAACAAGUAUAUGAUGUAACAGAUUUUUCUUCUGUUUCCUUCUUUUUUUUCCCCCCUUGUCGAUCCCAUCAUCCCAAUUAGUGAAGUGAUUCUUUUAUUUUUUGUGGCAAUGCAUACUCAUGCCGCCUGUAAUGGUCAUUGCAGCUCUGGGCGAUUAUUUUUUUCUUUCUUUUUCAUUUUGUUUUUUUCCCCACUGUAAGUUUCCUAAUUGCUGCUCUUGGUGAUUAUCCUAUUCAUCAAAUGAAGAGAUAAUUCAAUUAGCCCA